AUGAAGAUAGGGCUGUCAGUGGCCACAGCUGCCCUCUUUGCAGCUUUGCUCUCCUCCAUAGACGCUCAAGUGGAACCCCCGUCAAACAUGAAAUUUAAAAUUCUAAAUGAAAACACAGUGGAAAUGACAUGGUUGAGACCCUCUACCACAAUAGAGGGCUUUAGAAUACAAGUCGUAUCAGAUGCAGAUGAGCCAGUCCGAGAUUUUAACCUUGCUGCAGAUGCCACAAUGACCUCCCUUACAAACCUGACCCCUGAUUUGGAUUAUUCGGUAUCCAUAAACUCCUUUUAUGGCUCAGAAGAAAGCAUACCGAUCUUUGGACAGGUCACCAUCCAGUCCAGCAACAGCAGCGGUCGUGUCCGAAGGCCGCAGACAGACGCUCAGAAGUGCUCCGUCAGUGCCAUCGCAGACUUGGUGUUUUUGGUGGAUGGCUCUUGGAGUGUGGGUAGGGAGAACUUCCAGCACAUUCGCAGCUUCAUCGGGGCCCUGGCCGGAGCCUUUGACAUCGGGGCGGACAAAACUCGCGUGGCUGUUGUCCAGUACAGCACGGACACCCGCACAGAGUUCACGCUCACCCAGUACACCCGACGAGGGGAGGUGCUCCAGGCCAUCAACACUCUGCCGUACAAAGGGGGGAAUACAAUGACAGGCGAGGCCAUCGAAUACCUGCUCAAUAACAUCUUCACGGAGUCGGCUGGAUCGCGAGAUGGUUUCCCAAAAGUAGCCAUGAUCAUAACCGACGGAAAGUCCCAGGACCCAGUGGAGGAGCAUGCUAGAAGGCUUAGGAACAUUGGAGUGGAAAUAUUUGUCCUAGGCAUCAAAGGAGCAGAUGAGGAUGAGCUGAGGGAAAUGGCUUCCACACCUCACAGCAAACACGUGUACAAUGUGCCGAACUUCAAUCAGAUCCAAGACGUGCAAAAGAAAAUCAUCUCCGAGGUGUGCUCCGGGGUGGAUGAGCAGCUCAGUGCUCUGGUCAGUGGGGAAGAACUUGUUGAGCCACCCACCAACUUGCUGGUGACAGAAAUAGCCUCCAAGUCGAUGCGGGUGACUUGGGACGCCUCUCCCGGUGACAUCACAGGAUACAAGCUCACCCUGAUCCCCAUGGUGCCCGGCAUGAAGCGGCAGGAGCUGUACAUCAGUCACACACAGACAUCCAUCAACGUGCGGGACCUCUCCCCUGAGACCGAUUAUGAGGUCAGCCUCUUUGCCCUGAAAGGUCUGACCCCCAGUGAGCCCCUCGUUGCUAUGGAGAAAACCCAGCCAAUCAAAGUGUCUACAGAAUGUUCUCUGGGAGUGGAUGUCCAGGCCGACGUGGUUCUCCUGGUCGAUGGCUCGUACAGUAUUGGAUUACAAAACUUUGCCAAGGUCCGUGCGUUUUUGGAGGUCCUCGUCACAUCUUUCGACAUCGGGCCAAACAAGGUGCAGAUCAGCCUGGUGCAGUACAGCCGCGACCCCCACACCGAGUUUGCCUUGAACACCCACCACGACCUCAGCGCGGUGGUAAAAGCCGUGCGCACGUUCCCGUACCGAGGAGGCUCCACCAACACCGGAAGAGCCAUGACCUACGUCCGAGAGAAGAUCUUUAUCCCCUCCCGCGGAGCCAGGGACAACGUUCCACGCGUCAUGGUGCUAAUCACGGAUGGAAAGUCUUCGGAUUCUUUUAAGGACGCCGCCACCAAACUGAGGAAUACGGAUGUGGAGAUUUUUGCCGUGGGUGUUAAGGAUGCCGUCAGAUCCGAACUGGAAGCCAUCGCUAAUCCCCCAUCGGACUCUCAUGUCUUUGAGGUGGAGGACUUUGAUGCUUUCCAGAGGAUUUCCAAAGAGCUGACUCAGUCCAUCUGUUUGCGCAUCGAACAGGAGCUGCUUAACAUCAUCAAGAAGAGUCUUCUCCCACCCUCUGACUUGGAGUUCUCUGAGAUCACCUCCAGAAGCUUCCGUACGACAUGGAGAGCCCCCACAGCCAGCGUACUGUCCUACCUGCUGCGUUUCCGUAAGGCCGAAGACGUGACCGGAGACUAUGUUUCCAUGGCACUACCAGGCGGGACCACCUCAGCUGUUCUGCCCCGUCUUACUCCACUCACUAGUUAUGAAGUCCUAGUGUUUGCACAAUAUGACAGAGGAGACAGUUUUCCUUUGUCCGGGGAAGAAACUACAUUAGAAGAGCAAGGUGGUGUCAGAGACAUUCAAAUUACAGAAGAGACGACCAACAGCUUCAGGGUGUCCUGGGAGGCGGCCCCCGGUGCGGUCAUUCGGUACCAUAUUGCCUAUGUGCCAGUCAGGGGGGACUACGCCUUACAAAAUACCCAAACCGGUGGACCAGAAACGACAAUAGUUCUCCAAGGACUUCUCCCGGCAACCACUUACCGCGUGGCUGUGGCGGCUGAGUAUGCUGGAGGUGUGGGAGACGAGGUGAAGGAGCAGGGCACGACCAAAGAAGUGAGAGGCUCCCCCCGAAACCUGAGGGUAUUUGACGAAACCAUAAAUACUAUGCAGGUGGCAUGGGAGGCGGCCCCUGGAAAUGUCCUUCAGUACCAGAUCGCAUACAAACCAGCCGAAGGUGGUGACAGGAAAGAAAUAUCUGUCAAAGGAGACACUACCCAGGCCAAGCUAAGAGACCUCACGCCGGCCACUGAGUACGAGCUCUUUGUUGCCGCUAUUUACGGUUCUGGUGCUGGAGAUCCUCUGCUGGGCACAGGAACCACCUUAGAGGAACUUGGCUCCCCCAGAGACCUGGUGACCUCAGACGUCACAGACACCAGCUUCGCCGUGUCGUGGGCCGCCGCUCCGGGGAAAGUCCGUCAGUACCGCGUUACAUGGAAGUCCCUGUAUUCUGACGAGAGCGGAGAGAAAACUCUUCAGGGCCGCCUCACAGAGACUGUGCUGGAGGGACUGACCCCAGAGACCCGCUACCAGGUCUCUGUCUAUGCUGUGUACGGACACGGAGAGGGCCAGCCGCUCGUGGGAGAGGAGACCACUGACAUCUCAGCCAACGCCCGAGCGAUAGUUGUGUCGGAGGAGACAGAGAAAAGCAUGAAGGUGACAUGGCAACCUGCCCCUGGGAAUGUGCAAAACUACCGUGUUACCUAUAAACCCAAAGCCGGAGGACGCCAGCUGGCCGCCAAGGCUCCGGGGGGCACCACCUCCACAGUGCUCCGCCGCCUCACCCCCCUCACCACCUACGAAAUACAAGUGAUCCCAGUCUACCGAUCCGGGGAGGGCAGAGCCAGGCAGGGCGAAGGAACCACAUUGUCACCUUACAAAGGCCCCAGAAACCUUCAGACUUCAGAGCCAACUAGGACCAGUUUCCGUGUAACCUGGGACCAUGCCCCAGGAGACGUGAAAGGCUAUAAAGUCACUUUCCAUCCACAGGGAGACGACAUUAACUUGGGUGAACUGAUGGUUGGGCCCUAUGACAACACAGUAGUCCUGGAAGAGCUGAGAGCUGAGACAACAUAUAGAGUGAGUGUAUUUGGCAUGUUUGAGGGGGGAGAGAGCAUGCCUCUAGCUGGAAGGGAAACAACCACUAUGUCUGAUGGACCAGAGCCCCCUCCAUACGCCCCCACAGAUGUCCAGUGCAAGACCAAAGCACAGGCGGACAUUGUGCUGUUAGUCGACGGCUCCUGGAGUAUUGGUCGUCUCAACUUCAAGACCAUUCGAGCUUUCAUUGCCCGUGCGGUGGGAGUGUUUGACAUCGGGCCAGACAGAGUCCAGAUUGGCCUUGCGCAAUACAGUGGAGACCCCAAAACAGAGUGGCACUUGGACGCACACAAGACCCGCGAGUCUCUCUUGGACGCCGUGGCUAACCUUCCCUAUAAAGGAGGCAACACCCUAACUGGUUUGGCCCUGAACUACAUCCUGCAGAACAAUUUCAAGGAGAACGUUGGGAUGAGGCCAAAUGCGAGGAAGAUUGGUGUUCUGAUCACCGAUGGCAAGUCCCAAGACGAUGUCAUCGCCAACUCUCUAAACCUGCGCGAUCAGGGCAUCGAGCUCUACGCUAUUGGUGUGAAGAAUGCUGAUGAGAGUGAGCUGAGGUCCAUCGCCACAGACCCAGAUGAAAUUCACAUGUACAACGUCGCUGACUUUUCCUUCCUGCUGGACAUCGUGGACGGCCUCACGGAAAACCUCUGUAACAGCGUGAAGGGACCAGGAGGCCCACCCGAUGCCCCAACUAACCUGGUGACCUCUGAAGUGACCCACCAGUCCUUCCGCGCCUCCUGGACUGGUCCUGAAGGUCCAGUGGAGAAGUACCGCGUGGAGUACAUGACACUGUCCGGUCUGCCUCAACAGGUGUUUGUGGAUGGCACUGAGACCACAGCGGUUCUGCAGGGCCUGAACCCUCUGACCGAGUACCUGGUAAACGUUUACGCUGUCGUGGGAGAGGAGAGCAGUGACCCUCUAAAAGGAACCGAAACCACAUUGCCGCUAACCGCUGUGAGGAGCAUGGAUAUUUACAACGAGCAGACCACAACCAUGAGAGUGCGAUGGGAGAGAGCUGAAGGAGCCACCGGUUACAUGCUGCUUUACAGUGCCAUCAACGCCACACGGCCCACCACAGAACUGGAGCUGAGAGUCGGAGGGGAGACUACGGAUGUCCAGCUGGAGCGCCUGCUGCCGAAUACAGCCUAUACCCUGUCCCUGUUCGCUCUGCACGGGGAGGCGGCCAGCGAGCCUCUCACCAAGCAGGGAGUGACCUUGCCUCUGCCUCCUGCCGGGGAGCUGAAGGUCCGGGACAUCACCCACAGCAGCAUGCGGCUGAUCUGGGACGCCGCUCCUGGGAAUGUUCGCAAAUACAUUGUCAUGUACCAGCCUGAAGAAGGAGACCCCAAAGAAAUUGAAGUUGAUGGAAGUCUGACCACCAAAGUCCUGGAAAACCUGGUGUCCCAGACCGAGUACUCUCUGGCUGUGACUCCAGUUUAUGACGAGGGAAGGAGUCCUCCAAUGUUAGGCACCGGCAUCACAGAACCUGUUCCUGCGCCAAAGAACCUGCGUUUCUCAGAAGUUACCCAGACGAGCUUCCGGGCACACUGGGAGCACGGGGCCCCAGACGUUGCUCUGUAUCGGAUUGGAUGGGUGAAGAAGGGAGACACCAACAACCAAUAUGCCAUUCUUAACAAUGAUGAAACCACUCAUGUGCUGGAGAACCUGGAGCCCGACACUCCGUACGACGUGUCGGUGACGGCCAUCUACCCUGAUGAGUCUGAGAGCGAGGACCUGCUGGGCACUGAAAGAACAUUGCGCAGAGGCGCAGUUCCAUCUCCAAAUGCACCACCGACAAACUUAGUUGUGUUCAAUGAGACCACCACGAGCCUGAACGCCCGCUGGAACGCCGCUCCAGGCCGCGUGCAGAACUACAGGAUCACCUUUGUCCCCACAGCAGGAGGCCGCAGUCAGACAACCCAAGUCGGUGGAAAGAAGACUACCGUGCUGCUCCCCAAGCUCACCCCUGACACAGAGUACUCCAUCAGUGUGGUCGCCGUCUAUGCCAAAGGAGUCAGCGGAGAACUCAAUGGCCUCGGCAAGACCAAACCGUUGGGUGGAGUUAGAAACCUUCGCGUCACCGAUCCCACCACCAGCACUCUGAAUGUCCUGUGGGAGGCGGCGGAGGGCCCAGUUCGCCAGUACAAAAUCUUCUAUGUCCCUGUAGCUGGAGGAGAGGAGGAAAUGGUUCAGGUUUCUGGCAGCACAUACAACACUGUCUUGAAAAACCUGCAGCAAGAUACAAACUACAGAGUGACGGUGGUUCCGGUCUACACCGCCGGAGAGGGCCAGCGCAUGUCUGAUAACGGCAAAACAUUGGCACGUGGCCCAGUCAGGAACAUCGAAGUCUUCAACCCAACCACCAACACUCUGAACGUGCGCUGGGAGGCGGCCACUGGCCCCGUGCAGCAGUACAGGGUGGUCUACUCCCCUGUGAACGGAGCCAGACCAGCUGAGUCCGUCGUAGUACCAGGCACCACCACCACCACCCUGCUGCAGCAGCUGGUCCCAGACACAGGCUACAAUGUGGGAGUAGUGGCCCUUUACGCGGAUGGAGAAGGGCCGGCCGUCAGCGAUGAGGGGAAGACACUUCCUCGAAGCGGCCCCAGAAAUCUGCAAGUGUUCGAUCCGACCACCAGCACUCUCUCUGUGUCCUGGGAACACGCUCAGGGCCCCGUCAUGCAGUACCGCAUCACCUACGCCCAGAAAACAGGGGACCCUAUUGAGGAGUUUACUACCGUACCAGGGAACAGGAACAAUGUUGUGCUCCAGAACUUGGAUUCUGACACUCCUUACAGCAUCAAAGUGACUGCUAUCUACGGUGAUGGGCCCGGAGGGGAGCUGGAGGGAGACGGCCGCACAGUGGGCAUGCUCGGCCCAAGGAACCUGCGUGUGUCUGAUGAGUGGUACACACGGUUUAGAGUGUCCUGGGACCCUGCUCCCUCCAGAGUGACAGGAUACAAACUUAUCUACUCGCCUGAGGGCUCUGAUGAGUCGCAGGAGGUUUUUGUUGGAGACGUGACAACCCACCAACUGCACAACCUUAAACCGGGCACCACUUAUGACCUCAAAGUGCUGGCACAGUACAGCACAGGCGUCAGCGAGCCUCUGGUGGGACCAGGCACGACGUUGUACCUGAAUGUUACUGACCUGACCACCUACAAUGUUGGCUACGACUCCUUCUGUCUCCGCUGGGCUCCUCACCGCGCUGCUACCUCGUACAGGCUUAAAGUGAACCCGUUUGACCCUUCCAAAUCCGGGGCUCAGGAGAUCACAGUCAGAGGCUCGGAGACCACUCACUGCUUCGACGGCCUGACUCCGGACACGCUGUACAAUGCCACAGUUUACGUACAGACCCCAAACCUGGAGGGUCCUGGGGUUAGCGUCAAAGAGAGGACAUUGGUCAAGCCAACGGAGAUACCCACAGAACCGCCUCCUCCUCCCACGCCCGCUACUGUUCCACCUGCUCUGGAUGUUUGCAAAGGCGCUAAGGCGGACGUGGUGUUCCUCAUCGAUGGCUCCUGGAGUAUUGGAGAUGAAAGCUUCGCUAAAGUGAUCCAGUUUGUCACGAGCAUGACAGGAGCGUUUGAGCAGAUCAGUCCUAAGGGCAUGCAGGUUUCUUUCGUGCAGUUCAGCGACGAUGCCAAGACCGAGUUCAAACUCAACACCUAUCAUGAUAAAGGUGUUGUGCUGUCAGCCCUGCAGAAUGUGCGCUACAGGGGAGGAAACACCAAAACUGGUAUUGCCCUGAAGCACGUCUAUGAAAAGGUCUUCACCUCUGACAGUGGCAUGAGGAGAAAUGUGCCUAAGGUGCUGGUGGUGGUCACAGAUGGAAGAUCUCAAGACGACGUCAAGAAGAGCGCCGAGAAACUGCAGCACGCCGGCUACAGCGUUUUUGUGGUGGGCGUGGCCGACGUGGACACUUCAGAAUUGAGACUUAUCGGCAGCAAACCGAGCGAACGUCAUGUGUUUGUGGUCGAUGACUACGAUGCGUUCGCCAAAAUCCAGGAUAAUCUCAUCACCUUCAUCUGCGAAACAGCCACAUCCACUUGUCCUCUGAUUUACAUCAAUGGCUUCACCACACCUGGCUUCAGGAUGCUGGAGGCUUUCAACAUCACAGACCGUACUUUCGCUGGAAUGAAUGGCGUGUCCAUGGAGCCGGGUUCCUUCAAUAGCUACAUCGCCUACCGACUUCACAAAGAUUCCUUCCUAAACCAGCCCACCAAGGAGAUCCACCCGGACGGUCUUCCCCCUUCGUACACCAUGGUCCUGCUCUUCCGGCUGCUUCCUGACACUGGAUCCGAGCCGUUUGACAUAUGGCAGAUAUCCGACAAGAACAACAACCCGGAGGUCGGCCUCACCGUCAACCCUUCAAGCAAAACAAUCACGUUCUAUAACAAGGACACCCGCGGAGAGAUCCAGAAAGCGGUCUUCAACGAGGACCAAGUCAAGAGGGUUUUCCACGGCAGUUUCCAUAAGCUUCACAUCAGUGUCUCUCCGGAGAAAGUCACGAUGAACGUGGAUUGCCAAGCGGUGGCAGAGAAGCCCAUCAAGGAGGCCAACAACAUCACUCUGGAAGGCUAUGAAGUGCUUGGCAAGAUGGUCAAGUCUGGAGGAGGAAAGAGGCAGUCAGCUACAUUCCAGCUCCAGAUGUUUGACAUUGUCUGCAGCCUGAGUUGGAUCAGCCGAGACAAAUGCUGUGAUCUGCCAUCCACUAGAGACGAGGCCAAGUGUCCAUCCCUGCCACACUCCUGCACAUGCACGCAAGACAGCAUCGGUCCACAAGGGCCUCCUGGACCUUCGGGAGGACCAGGUAGCAAGGGCCCAAGAGGAGACAGAGGAGACUCAGGUCCUCCAGGGCCAAUGGGGCCACGUGGUGAACUCGGACUUCCUGGUUCAAUGGGACCUCCCGGUCCUCAAGGGCCAAACGGACUGUCUCUACCUGGUGAACCUGGACGACAAGGACCAAAGGGAGAUCCAGGAGCCCAGGGCCUGCCAGGUCUACAAGGUUCUCCAGGGCCACGGGGGCCUCUGGGCCCAGUUGGACCAAGCGGCGCACGGGGGCAACCAGGAAAAGAGGGACAGUCUGGCCCCAGAGGUCCAGCGGGGCCCAUGGGAAACCCUGGAAACCCUGGUGUACCUGGAAUUACAGGAAAACCUGGAAAACCUGGAGACACAGGAAACCCUGGUCCUGCUGGUAUUAAAGGAGAAAAGGGAGAGAGGGGAGAUGUGGCUUCUCAGAACAUGAUGCGGUCCAUUGCCAGACAAGUGUGUGAGCAGCUCGUCAACAGUCAGAUGAACCGCAUUGACCACUUGAUCAACCAGAUUCCUUCUGGAUACAACAGUCGCACAGCAGGACCACCGGGUCCUGCGGGUCCCCCCGGAGACCCAGGCUCCAGAGGCGAGCAGGGACAGACUGGCAGACCAGGUUUUCCAGGAAGUCCAGGGUUACCUGGAAGUGCGGGCGAAAGAGGUUUAAUGGGAGAGAAGGGAGAGAGAGGAACUCCUGGAACUGGCAUUCGAGGACAAAGGGGCGUGACCGGGCCACCAGGUCCACCAGGCGAGUCCAGGACAGGAUCUCCAGGUUCUCCUGGUUCCUCUGGGGCUCGGGGUCCGCCAGGUCGACAAGGUACUCCCGGAGUCAGGGGACCACCCGGACCACCUGGCUACUGCGACUCCUCCCAGUGUGUUGGCAUUCCCUACAACGGUCAAGGAUAUACAGCUACCCGCUUCCAGCCCGCACCUGACGUAGUGCCUUUACCUGUGGAGCCCGAGGCAGAAUUUGAGACAAUAGAUUCAUCCGAUUUCUUACAAAGGAGAAAGAGAUCGCUACAUCGGGUUUGGAAAGAAGAGUCCAACUUGCUGUCCAGCUCCAGCCUUCUGAACAAACGGAACACGCAGCUCCACGACUCCGUGAAGCUGAUCAAGUUCGCGGACGACACCACCCUCAUUGGACUCAUCUCCAACAACGAUGAGUCCGCCUACAGGAGGGAGGUGGACCGGCUGGUGUCCUGGUGCAGUGGUAACAACCUGGAGCUGAACGCCCAGAAGACAGUGGAGAUGAUUGUGGACUUCAGGAAGAGCACUGUCCCCCCGCCCCCACCCUCCGUGAUGGACUCCCCCAUCACCUCUGUGGAGUCCUUCCGUUUCCUGGGCACCACCAUCACCCAGGACCUCAAGUGGGAGCCGACCAUCAGCUCCCUCAUCAAGAAGGCCCAGCAGAGGAUGUACUUCCUGCGGCAGCUCAGGAAAGCCAAGCUGCCUGCACAGAUGUUGGUGCAGUUCUACACGGCCAUCAUCGAGUCCAUCCUCACCUCCUCCAUCACCGUGUGGUUCGCUGGAGCCACAGUCAGGGACAAACAGAGACUACAGCGCAUUGUGCGCUCUGCAGAGGAAGUGAUCGGCCGCAGCCUUCCAUCGCUGCAGGACCUGCAGGAGGCUGCGGUCCAUCAGGACUAG